UGGCCCAGUUACUUGUUCAGCCCCUUUCUUCCUUUCUCCUCGCUGACGGCAAGCGAAUCCAGUAGCCGGCUAUGGCGACGGCGGCGGCGGCGGCGUACGGCUGCUCCUCGGCGGCGGCGCUGCUGCCCUUCUCAGCGUUCCCGGGAAGCCGAUACUCUCGCCGGUCUCCACCCCCUCCCCGCGUGUCCCUCAUCGCCUCCUCGAAGCUCAGGGCGACGGCGCACGGGUUGAGAGUUUCAUUCCGUAGAAGGAAGCUAGUUGUCUCUGCUUGCUCCUCCAGUGAGUCCAAUUCGGACGCGGCGGCGUCCCGGACGGAAGCCACUGUUGAUAUAAAGCUUCCAAGAAGAAGCUUGCUUGUCCAAUUUACAUGUAAUGCAUGUGGUGAAAGGACCCAGCGGUUGAUAAACAGAGUUGCCUAUGAGAGAGGAACAAUUUUUCUUCAGUGUGCAGGGUGCCAGGUGUACCACAAGUUUGUGGAUAAUCUUGGUCUAGUUGUUGAAUAUGAUCUGCGAGAAGAAAAUGCGGUACAAGACAAUGUGGUGAACACAGAUUCUGAAGAUUGAUAAUAUCUUGAGAAGCCAUGUCGGUAUGCAAAAUGUCGUCUGUAGAUUUCAACAAUAUUGAUUAUUUGGAUACUGUAGACUAUUUAUAUUAAAUGGCAGUUUAAAUUGCUGCAUAUACUCAUGUGAGUGCACCUGGGCCCAUAUGUACUUUACAAUGUGGCAUCUGAUUUAAAGAAGGAAAUAAAAAGUACCAUAAUACCAGAGUA